AUGACUACAAGCACGGUGUGCUUUUCUAUAAAGUCCAUUCUUUAUAUCUUCGGCGUUUGGCCCGACACGUCGUGUCUCGCUCUACGCAGAUUAUUCUGGACCGUGCUGUUGACCGUUACUCUGAUCUUACAAUACACUUAUGUCGCAUUACACUUCCACACUGACAGUCUGACUGAUUUGAUGGACACCGUGAGCACCUGUUUGGCUUACAAUCUGUUGUUCAUCAAACUGAUUAUUUUUUGGAUUAAUCAACGAAAGUUUCACAAUAUUUUAACAAGAAUCGCCGCGGAUUGGAAAGAAUGCGCAAACGAUCCGUUUAGCAUGCAGGUAACGGCGAGCAUGGCUAGCCUGUCGCAUCGCGUUUCGAAUACGAUUAUCGGCAUUCAUAUGGCCGCAGUGGUGACCUAUAGCCUCGGUGCGUUUUUGUCCAAUAGCGGCGAUGAGACCUUUAACGCAUCAACUAUCCCCGUUCGAGUAUUUAUCAUCAAUAUGGAGUAUCCCUUCGACAGCAGCAGCUCGCCCGUGUACGAACUCGUAGUUAUCAUGCAAUUUAUCCAAUUGGUAUUGAACGCUUGUGCGAUCGACGUAAUAAACGCUUUAAUCAUGACGUUGGUACUUCACGUCAGUGGUCAAAUUGAUAUUUUACAAGAGUGGCUAACAAAUAUUUUUUCCAAGGACAGUAUACACGGCAUGACUGGGACUACCAUAAAAAAUUUAAUAGGAAAACAUCAAAAAAUUAUUCUAUUUGCCGAAGACGUCGAGAACCUGUACUGUUACAUCGCAUUGAUGCAAUUUAUAGCAAUCACUUUGAUUAUUUGCUCUAUAGGGUUUGUCAUCGUCAGCUCACUAGACAGCCCAGACGCUUCCACGAUGUUGGUGAAGACCCUGAUGUUUUACAUCGUUAUGAAUCUCGAGGCGUUCACUUUCUGCUUCGCCGGGGAAUAUCUGAGUAGUAAGAGUCAGAAUAUUGCCAAUGCGGCUUAUGGAUCUCUUUGGUACAACGUGCACGUGAACAAGAGUCAAAUAAUAAUAUUUUUGAUAUUGAGGUCACAAAAACGAUUAACGAUUACGAUCGGGAAGGUUGCGGAUUUGUCGCUGGAACGUUUCGCUAGCAUCAUGAAGGCGUCGGCGUCCUAUAUAUCUGUGCUGCUGGCUAUGUCUUAA